GCAGGGAUCUGUCCAGCAGCACAGAGCAAUCGGAAACACUGCAGCAGACCAACGACUUUUAGCCAAAACACACACCACAUUCUCACACAACCAGAGGAAGAGAGAGACAGAGGCGUAACCAGAAGCAGCGGGAAAGAAAAGGAAAGCCACUCUUUUGUCUCCAUGGACACUCCACUUCCUUCGAGCAGUUCUUAGUUCGUGUAGCACAGCAGUGGGCUCUUGCCAUCCGCUUAAUAAUUCAUCAGGUCGGUCUCUGAGCUUUGAGCCUGCAGCGCUCACCAACUUUCCCUUCUCGAACUUUUGCACAUCAGUACUCGGCUGUUUCAGCAAGUCUCCUUUGAUACAGUUGGCACAGAGGCAGAGGAAAAACAGGUUCAGCAGGCACUUUGUGAGCGUCUUGUGUGUGUUUGUGUGAGUGAGAGUGUGUGGGGAGAGUGGUCGAAAGCUGGACGGAGGGCAUCUUGGUCAUCUCAUUCUCAGACUUGGUACCCAUUGGUUAAAGCGUAGCUCUUGUGGGACUGGGGACUGGAGACUGUGACGUGAGAAGCACUCUGGAGUCCACAGAGAGGCUCGUAUGGGACGCGACCCUUGUCUGUGAGCACCGCUGGUGAAAGGAGCUCUGUGCUGUGUUUGGGCUUUUGCAGGGGCUUUCUGUGCACCCUCGGGGUCUCUCUCAUCAUGGCUGGUUGUACCAGCCGCUGCAGACAGGGGGUGCUAAAGCUCAUUCAGUCCCUUCAGAGGCUCGUCUCAGGAACCCUCAGUAAAGAUAAGGUGGAUGACGAAUUGGAGAUGACAAUGGUCAGCCAUCGGCCGGAGGGUCUCGAGCAGCUCGAGGCGCAGACCAACUUCACCAAGCAAGAGCUACAAGUCCUUUACAGAGGCUUCAAAAAUGAGUGUCCAAGUGGAGUGGUGAAUGAAGAGACAUUUAAACACAUUUAUGCACAGUUUUUUCCACAUGGAGAUGCCAGCACAUAUGCACAUUAUCUCUUCAAUGCGUUCGACAGCAGAAAUAAUGGAUCCAUAAAGUUUGAGGACUUUGUGAUGGGACUUUCUACUCUGCUGCGGGGGACAGUCAGAGAUAAACUAGAAUGGACAUUUCAUCUAUAUGACAUUAACAGAGAUGGAUUUAUCAAUAGAGAGGAAAUGACGGAGAUAGUGAGGGCCAUCUAUGACAUGAUGGGGAAGUACACGUAUCCAGCUUUAAAAGGGGAUGUACCGAAGCAGCAUGUGGAUACCUUCUUUGAGAAAAUGGACAAAAACAAAGAUGGAGUUGUAACGUUGGAAGAGUUUGUCAUUGCCUGUCAGGAGGAUGAAAAUAUGAUGAGAUCCAUGCAGCUCUUUGAAAAUGUGAUGUAGAGAGAAGAUCAACCAGAAGAAGAAAGGAACAAAACAGAGAGCGGGGAAAAGAAAGCAUGGGGGAUUGUAUGUUUAAAUGUGUUAUAUUUCACCGGACUGAGUUCUGGGGGAAUAUUAUGGCCUGAGGGAAUCUUAGAGGUUCGUUUUUUUUCUCUCUCUUUUCAAAUCUUGUGACAUAUUUAAUGUUGUCUUUUGCUGGUGUUUUGGGAAACUAGCUAUAUCAGCCCAUAAUCCACCUUGAUCCAGCCACAGAAGACUACAUGUUUGAAAAGCAUUGUGCGAUGAUCAGCUUCUUCCCUGUGAAAACAAACGUGUCUCAAACUUUUUAUUUUUUCAUUUUGCUUGACCCAAGGUCAGGACUCUUGGUGUACUGGGACUGCAAAUACAGCCUCUUUUGCUUGCUUUCUUGCCAAAAGAGCUUGCAUGAUAAAAACCAGCAGAUGUGUUCCCUAUGAACUGCUUGAAAUAAUCUUGGCCUUCAAAAUAUCUAUUUAUGUUUUAUGGGGUUGGAGGAAUACUCAAUUGGAUGUUGAUUUCAGUGUCUUGUGUUGUCACAGUUGUUUGUUAAUAAUUGCUGUUUCCAGUCCGUCCGCUUAUGUCUAUCUGUCUCAGUAUUUGUCAAGCCAUUCCAGAUCAUAGUGAAUAAGGUGGGACAGAAGUUAAGUGUUAAGUCUGUGAGGAGUCCUUAAGAGACUGACAAUCUAGGCCCUGGAUACUCUAAUGCCUUCAAGUAGGACAAAACAACAAAAACCCAGAUUACUUAUAUAAAAUAAAGGGGGGAAAAUAUUUAUAUAGAAGUCGAGUGGUCAGGGUGAGUCGAAAGAAAUAUAAGCUAUAUGUAUAUAAUUGCAAGUAUGGUGCCAGAUAAAGAAAUGUCCAGUGAGGAGAAUACAAACUGUGAAAACUAAAUAUCAGACAUAUGCUGUGCAAUUCAAAUCUCAGUCAAAACUGAUUAAAAUGUUUGUGGAAUAAUA